GGCAUGGAGCGCCCCCGGGGGCUGUCCUGAGGCAGCAGCGGCGGCGGCGAUGCAGCCAGUGCAGCUGCUGCCGGGGCCAGAAACCGCCGCCCGGAGCUCGGAGGACGCGGAGCGCGCCGCGCCCCUGCCACUGACCGAGGAUCUACAGGUGACUGGAUCCUUCCCAGCUGGGCCCUGGAAAAUGGCAGCUGCUGCUAAUUCAGCCCUGAAGACAGUCAUUUGCUCACUCAGCACCAUAACUUAGAGGAUAGAUUCGAGAGGAAUCGAAUUCAGGACCUUGUGCUUGCCAGGCAGACGUGGUGCCACUGAGCUAAAUCCCCAGGCCCAGGAGUGUUAUUGAUGUACAGUAGUUACUACAGGAGCAGUUGGCAGUCCAUCAAGCUGGGCAGCCAGACAGGCGAGUGGGACAUGACCCUCAGAGGCCUGCCAUCCACAGUCAGAAAUUUGGAGUGUUUCUCCUGUUCCUGAUGGCAUCAGCUCCCCUGUACCCACACAGAGGGUGCUUCAGGGGCCAGAGGAAGUUUCCAAGCGAGAAGACGCUGAUGGUGGCUACUGGAGUCAGAGCAAGUGGCCCCUGUAGUGGUGAGGGCUCAGGGAUAUAAGAGCUGCCCUGCCCACCCCCUUGCCAUAGUACAUCCUGACUCAUGGUGACCAUUUCUGUCCUGGGCCUCAUGGGCUUGAACACAGAAGGCCUGCACCUCACUGACCCCAAUGUCUGUAGUCUUUGGGUGAGUGCAAGGCCAAGACUGCCAGAGGAUCUUUCAGUGGAGUGCCUGGACAGGUGGUUGGGCAUGAGAGAUCAUCUUCCUCCAGAAGUGUCAACUUCCUACCAACUCUUCAUCUUCCUCCACGCCAUGCUUGGCUCUCACUAGUCAGCCUCGGCCACCUUGCUAUCCUCUAGCUCCUGGAUCUGGCCAUUCCCCCACCAGGAAUACCCCUCUUCACUGUCCCACAUUGCCAGCCUGGAUCCACUGUGGUUCCACUCUCUGAACAAGCCCUGCCAUGAGAGAGAACUCUGUGCACUCAACCUGCCUGGCUCCUGAUUUCCUAUGAAGAAGGCCUGGGAGCCUUCUUGGAGCCUCUUACGCUAAGCCUGAUGGAUAGUGACUGGAUUAGGAAAGAUUCUGGGGUCAUCCUGGAUGCAGUGGGAAGUUCUAUGAUUGAUUAGUGACAUCUGUCACAGGCCUGAGGUGGUAGAAGGAGGUGGCCUGAGGUGGAGGGGGAGGAAGAAGAGGAAGAGGAAGAGGAGGAGGAGGAGGAGGAGAAGGUAGUGCAUGUAGGGUACCCACUGGCCUUCCCUACAUGAAGUAUUUUUAAGGAAUCUUCAUGAGGCAGGAAGUAUUCUACCCCUGGAUGUUCCAAAACAAGACAGGUGGCCAUAGAUCAGUGCUGGUGGGAGUCCCUAAACCUCUGCUUAUGGGUGUGAAUUUGUUUGUAUGCCUUGUCCCCAAAUGGAAAUGCAGGGUCUACAGGACCGAGAUGAAUAUAGCACCACAUCAGGGCCUGUGAUGACAGGGUGCUAUUUCAUCUCCACCCCUAGAUUGGAAGCUCUAUUCUUCCAAGGUGACCUCUGUGAGUUUCAGUUUCCUCACUAGGAAGUAGAGAUAAAAGGUAGUCACAGUGUUAUUAUAGGGAUUAAGUGAGUGAAUUUGUUAGAACUUUUACAAGAGCAUCUGGGAGGGGGUAAGUGGUUUAUACAUUUUGACCACUGUGCUCAUGACUCUGAGGUUCCAGGCAGUCAGGGGCUUUUCUGGAGGUUCUGUUGACGCUGCCUUCCAGGAGCCUCAAGCCUGUCCCUCCCAUCAGUGCUUCCCUGGCACUGGGAAUGUGAACACAGGCUGUCUUGGUGCCUCCCGGAUGUUACAGAAACCUGAGGUGCCUAGAGCCUUAGCGACUGGGCAUGGGGUGUCCUGCUCCAUCCGGAGGCCUCUCCCAGUGACUCUCAGGCCCCACCCUUGGGUUGGGUGGCAGCUGUGGUGUGGCGUCCUCUCUAUAAGCUCUAGGCCAAGUCUCAGCUGGUGUGCCCAGCAUGGCAGACGAUGGAGGGCUGCGUUUGCAGGCACUGUGACUGUCAAGAAGCAGGUGGCAAGGCUACAGAUCUGGGACAACUUCACCUCUGCUGGUUGGGUCAAUCUCUUCGCUUCCGAGCUCUGCCUGAUGGGCUGGCUUUGAGCCCUCGCGGUGUGGAACUGUCCUGUUCAGCUCAGGAGGAACAUCAACAGAAGUAGGAGUUUCCGGGCCUGCCUGUCACUGUCUAGGCUUUGAGCUGCUGGUAGCACAAGCUGAAGCAGCUAUGACCCGCUGGAUGACCCUCCAGGCCUCUAGGCCACGAAAACCCAUACCCUGGGAUCUGACAGCCUCUCACUGGCACCUGAGUGCCCCGACCCUGGCCACCUGCCCCUGGGAGGCCCCAGAAUCUGGGGCUGAAUCAUGUUCCCAGCGCAGUCCCCAGCCCUGCCAGCUUCCUGCUUCCUGGCCCAGGCAGAAGCAGCGGGUGCCAUUACAGCAUCAGGUCUCAGCUCCUCAGACCCAUGGAGCCUCCCUGCCUGGAGCCAGCCUAGGGCCAGGUCAGGGCCCUCUGGCCCCCGGGAUGACUGCAGCCAGUAGGGCCAACCCCUACAGCAUCGUGUCAUCAGAGGAGGACGGGCUGCACUUGGUCACCAUGUCAGGCGCCAAUGGCUUUGGUAAUGGCAAGGUCCACACUAGGCGCCGGUGCCGCAACCGCUUUGUCAAGAAGAAUGGGCAGUGUAACAUUGAGUUCACUAACAUGGACGAGAAGUCACAGCGCUACCUGGCCGACAUGUUUACCACCUGCGUGGACAUACGCUGGCGCUACAUGUUGCUCAUCUUUUCACUGGCCUUUCUUGCCUCCUGGCUAUUGUUUGGUGUCAUCUUCUGGGUCAUCGCUGUGGCCCAUGGUGACCUGGAGCCAGCUGAGGGUCGUGGCCGCACCCCCUGUGUGAUGCAGGUCCACGGCUUCAUGGCAGCCUUCCUCUUCUCCAUUGAGACGCAGACUACUAUUGGCUAUGGGCUGCGCUGUGUGACUGAGGAGUGCCCAGUGGCUGUCUUCAUGGUGGUGGCUCAGUCCAUUGUGGGCUGCAUCAUUGACUCCUUCAUGAUCGGUGCCAUCAUGGCCAAGAUGGCACGGCCCAAGAAGCGAGCGCAGACCCUGCUGUUCAGCCACAAUGCUGUGGUGGCGCUGCGCGACGGCAAGCUGUGUCUUAUGUGGCGCGUGGGUAACCUGCGCAAGAGCCACAUCGUGGAGGCCCAUGUCCGGGCUCAGCUCAUCAAGCCUCGGGUCACAGAGGAGGGCGAGUACAUCCCACUGGACCAGAUAGACAUUGACGUGGGCUUCGACAAGGGCCUGGACCGCAUCUUCCUGGUGUCACCCAUCACCAUCCUGCACGAGAUUGACGAGGCUAGCCCCCUGUUUGGCAUCAGCCGGCAGGACUUGGAGACGGACGACUUUGAGAUUGUGGUGAUUCUUGAGGGCAUGGUAGAGGCAACGGCCAUGACCACACAGGCCCGCAGCUCCUACCUGGCCAAUGAGAUCCUAUGGGGCCACCGUUUCGAGCCAGUGCUCUUUGAGGAGAAGAAUCAGUACAAGAUCGAUUACUCACACUUCCACAAGACAUAUGAGGUGCCCUCUACGCCCCGCUGCAGCGCCAAGGACCUGGUGGAGAACAAGUUCCUCCUGCCCAGUGCCAACUCCUUCUGCUAUGAGAACGAGCUGGCCUUCCUGAGCCGUGACGAGGAGGACGAGCCAGAGGGAGACCAGGAUGGCUGCAGUCGAGAGGGCCUCAGUCCCCAGCCUCGGCAUGACUUUGACAGACGCCAGGCUGGUGGUGGAGCCCUUGAGCAGCGACCCUACAGGCGAGAGUCAGAGAUCUGAGCCGCUGGUGCCCUAGUGCAGGGUUCAUCCCACCGGGGAGUGGCCUAGUGUCCCUCAGGGGCACUGGGUUUAAGCAGAGUGGGCCAGGUGCCCUGGGUUGCAGACUCAGUAGCGUUUUAGUCGUUUUAUGUUUCUUCACAAUAGCCUUGGAAAGUUAGCGGGACAGCGGGUGACCAGAGAGGGCAGCCCAUGGCCUCAGAAGCUGAGGUGGCACAGAGUCAGGAAAGUGGCCUCCUGGGGGUCCAGCCACAGGAGCCAGGGGCUUCUGCCUGGAGAAGGAGCUACAGCCUGCACAGAGUCACCUUGCAGUGGUCCACCUUUGCAGUUACAGUCUGGCAGGCUACAGGCACUUCUGUGGUUUUUAACUUGGGGAGAAACACCAGAUUUCAGCUUUCUCAACCUUAGCUUGGGUAAGACUGUUUACAAAAAUAAUAAUAAUAAUAAUAAUAACAACAUGCAAUUGAAAAAACAUUUUUAAUUCAUGGGGUUGUGGGGGAAGGACAAUAAGAAUCCCAUUGGUCUGCCGCAAUGAAAGCGGCUAGAUGGACACGUGUUCCAGGGUUCCUGAGGCUGGACUGACCUCUCCCCCAUGUGUGCUAGAGCCCCCACAGUUCAUCACGCUUAGGGGUGAAUUAGGUUCUGUUUGUGACAGAAGAACCAAGACCAUGUUAAUGAUCAUAAUAAAAGCUUUCUGAUGCUAUUGGGAUGGGGUUGGGGAAGAAACUGGUUUGCUCUUUUUGAGUUUGAUGUUGUACCUCAGAGGUGGUCUCAGGGCUGGAUGGGACCUGCCCUCAAGGGUCUCUGCCUCCACGCCCAUGUUUUGCCUCUCUCUCCACUUCUGCCAGGGCCUGCACCCCUUGCAGAUGAAGGGCAGCUGGGAAACAUGGGAGGCUCCUUGGGAAGGGGAAAGGGAGGUGGGGCUCCCUCACCCAGUGGAAAUGGAUCAGCCCUCCCACUGGGCCCGCAGCGGGAAUUGUGCCUUAAGAGACUUCAGGUUGUUCGACUUGAGUUGUUUCUGUUUUUAUUGGACAUGCCUGUCCCCUCCCCUACCCCCUCCAUCUGCCCUGGGAAGGUGGCAGUGACUGUGUCUCCUGGCGCACUCCUGCCUGCCCUCCUCCCCUACAUACCUCAGGCAAUACAGGCUAGCCCAGGAGGGGCCCAGCCAUUUUGGGGUCUGCUUCUGAAGGGCAGAGGAAAGAAUUUAGGGAAGUAGAGGAAUUAUCACCCCACCCCCCACCAUGACCCGGGGUCACAUUCAUUCAAAGCUUAAUUGAAAAAGUGGCCAGGGAACAAAGAAUUCCUGCUCAGGCUUCAGGGGCCUGGGGAGUGGGGCACUCCUUCCGCUUCCUUCCUUGCUUUCCCUGAGGACAGGGCCCACAGAGGAUCCAGAUGCUGGCAAUCACUUCCCUGCAAGAUGCAGUGUUAGGCCCCAGAGAUACCUCAGUCCCCUUGCCCUGGACAGGCCCGACUCCAGGUACCUUGAUCAGGAAGAGAUGUGAGGCCCCUUGUCAUGAUUGAAUUGGCUCUGCCUUAUUCUUAGCAGCUUAUGGGGCCAGGCCUGGGAGGAGCCUAGCCUUUCCUGAGGCUGCUGAGGAAACUUGUCUUCCCUGGGAAAGGCCCUCAGGAGGGCAGUAAUGAGGAAGUUCGUGACUCCUGCCUGCUUUCCUAGGCAGCUUGCCCCUAAUCUCGGGUCAAGAAGACACCAGGAACUCUAUGGUCUAAGUGGGGAAACUGAGGCUGAGAGUGGGAAGGGUCACACAAGGUCACACAGUGAGUGGGCAGGGAGUUGGGGAGAGUCUGAGGCCUGGGGUGGGGCUCCUGCCUCUUUGCUCUUCCUCCCUGCCCAUGCGAAGUUUAUAUACAGGCUACCGUUUCUCUGAAAGGUGCCUGAGACAGGGCUCAGACACAGCUCAGCCCCUCACCCUGAGCUAGGCCAGACUCCAGUCACCCUGCCCUGCAUCAGACCCAGCCUGAAGAUUUUUGGCCUAGAAGGUUUAGCCCCAGGCAGCUCUUUCCUCUCAGGAUCUGCCAGAGGGACCUCAGCUCCUCUGGGCUCCUGGAUCUGGCCCUUGGCUCUCAAGUUUGACUGGCUUUCCCAGCUUUAGCCUUCAUGUUCUGGGGAUGCAUUGGCAUGGGAGUGCUUAGUUCUCCGCCAUCCAGCCCAGAUUACCAAGUGAGGGAAGGGUGGCCCCAGUCAGUAGAUACUGGAUGGUGCCCUGUGCCCUGCUGUCCUUCCAGGCUUGCAUGGGUAAGCUUUCUACUUUCUGCAUCUCAAGCAGAUCCGGGGCCCCAGGUCCCACCACUUUAGUGGCCUGGUGCAUUUGCCUCUCAGGCCUGUCCUCUCAUGUCCACAUCCACCAGAAUGACCCAGCCCCAGAGCUCGAGGGAGGGCAGUCUGAGCUGCCUUUCAUCUCUCGCCAAAGGCAGGCACAUGCUGCUUUUUCAAAUUCUUCUGUCCUCUUUUAUUCCAUCCAUCCAUCCAUCCAUUUAUUUAUUUAUUUAUUUAUUUAUUUAUUUAUUUAUUUAUUGCUUACUUGUGCUAAAGACCAAAAUAGUUCCCCUUAUAGUGCACUUGAUGUGUGAGGACAGGUAUGGGAGCCUUGAGUGCAUGCAGGAGCAAGGGAGACUUGGCCCCUGGGGCAUGUGUGGGGAGGGGAGGGGUGUGUACACACAUGUGCAUAUAUGUGUGUGCACACAUGACUCCACAUUGGUGACACUGAGUUGGUGAUGUGAAUACUUGAUACGUCCAGGGGUGUGUGUGUGUGUGUGUGUGUGUGUGUGUGUGUGUAUGUGUUUAUGCAUAUUUUCCCCAUGGGGAUCUGGUUUAACAAACACCAGGCCAAGGCAGGGUGCACACUGGUCAGACUGGACACUGCCCUCAGACUUUGGCACUGACCACUGACUAACUUGAUAGCUCCCAGUCCUCUGCCCUGAUUAUCCAGUCAGGGCCAAUGUGAGGCAUCUGAAAAUGAGCAUCUGCACCUGGAUCAUGUGUUGGCGGCCAUAGUAUGUCUGUCUGAGUGGACACAUGUAUGUAUGGAUGUGUGGAUGUGUGUGGUCUUGCAGUGUGUGUGCACGUGUCAGGGGGGCGGUGUGUCUGUGCUGCUCAGAGCACUGUGGCUGUCCCCCAACCUCUGCUGGUGCUGUGCUGCUCAGUCCCCACCCACCCAAGGGGCCUGAGGGUGGGGCGGAAGGAGCCACCUUUGAGAGGCCCCUGUGUGGGGUGUCUGCCUUGUGUGAGGUCAUAGAAUGUCAAAUCUAUUUUAAAUGGUGAAACCGGAGAAUUUUCAUGUUAUUUUCAAUACGUAGCAGUAUCUAAAGAUGUAGGCGAUGAGACUAGACCACAUUAAAUGCAUUUUGAUC